UUUUUAUUGAAAAAAUAUUACGUGCCACAGAAGUAAAAUGUAUAUACAUACUAAUACGCCCCAAAAAGGAGCAAAGUGUUGAAGACCGCAUAGAUGCUAUGUUCAAAAAUCCGCUUUUUGCCGAGUUGAAUCGUAAAAAACCAUCGGCAAAAAAACGUAUAGUACCAAUUCUGGGUGACUGCCUUCUGGCCAAUUUGGGCAUUUCACCAGCUGAUCGCCAAACUUUAAUUGAUGGGACUCAAAUAGUCAUACACAGCGCAGCUACGGUCCGCUUUAAUGAACCACUCUACAAUGCAUUAGCUAUAAAUGUGCGCGCUACCAUGGAUUUAAUAACAUUGGCGAAAAAUAUGUCUAAGCUAGAAUCCUUCGUCCACGUUUCAUCUGCCUUUGCGAAUUGCACUGUCUUCCACGUGGAUGAAGUGUAUUAUACAAGUGAGCUGAAAAUAACUGCUGAAAAUAUGUGCAAAGUGGCCGAGUUAUUGGGCCCAGAUAAA